AUGGUAGACAAGGCCUCCACCAGCAGCGCAGGCCCAGAGCUCGAGAAGGGCGGCCCACCCCCCGUCGCAUACGCGCUCGACGAGAAGCGCCGUGCAGCGCUCGCCGAGGUCGACGAUGCCAAGUUCAGUUGGUUCCAUGUGAAGGUGUCAAUGGUGGCUGGUGUCGGUUUCUUCACCGAUGCCUAUGAUAUUUUCGCAAUUAACAUCGCCGCGAUCAUGCUGGGCUACCUCUACGGAGGAAAGGGGUCGGGCGCAACUCGCGCCCUCACCUCAAACCAAUCGCUUGGUGUCAAGGUCGCGACUCCCAUCGGUAACAUUUUUGGCCAGUUUUUCUUCGGUUGGAUGGCAGACGUGGUCGGCCGUAAGCGGAUGUAUGGUAUCGAACUGAUGAUCAUCAUCGUCGCGACAUUCGGUCAGGCUGUCGCGGGUCAGGCAAAGGCCAUCAACAUCCUGGGCGUCAUCGUUGUCUGGAGAUUCAUUAUGGGGAUCGGUAUUGGAGGCGAUUACCCUCUUUCUGCCGUCAUCUCCUCCGAGUUCGCGUCCAGAAAGAGCCGUGGUCGUCUCAUGACGGCGGUCUUUGCCAACCAAGGAUGGGGCCAGCUCGCCGGUUGCAUCGUCGCAUACGUCGUCGUCGCGGCUGAGAAGCACUCCCUCCUCAGGGACAACGUUGACAGCAUGAACUCGGUCGACUACAUGUGGCGUCUCCUCAUCGGUCUCGGCUGCGUUCCCGGAGUCAUCGCGCUCUACUUCCGUCUGACGAUCCCCGAGACGCCCCGUUUCACCAUGGACGUCGAGCGCAACGUCAAGCAGGCCGCGCAGGACGUCGAGAACUUCCUCACCACUGGCAGCUACCACGUCGACCCCGACGCGGUCGUGCAGCGCGUCCAGGCGCCCAAGGCCUCGCGCCGCGACUUCUUCCGCCACUUCGGCAAGUGGGAGAACGGACGCCAGCUCCUCGGCUGCGCGUACUCGUGGUUCGCCCUUGACAUCGCGUUCUACGGCCUCGGCUUGAACAGCUCGAUCAUCCUUGAAGCGGUCGGCUUCGGCACGAUCACCACCGGCCUGAAGGGCACGGAGCUGGUGUACCAGAACCUGCGCAACAUAUGCAUCGGUAACAUCAUCCUCUCCGUCGCGGGUCUCAUCCCCGGGUACUGGGUGGCCUUCUGCUUCAUCGACACUUGGGGCCGCAAGCCGAUCCAGCUCAUGGGCUUCAUCAUGCUCACCAUCCUCUUCAUCAUCAUGGGCUUCGGAUACGACGCGCUCUCGGCGACGAAGUCGGGGAGGAACGCGUUCGUGUUCCUCUACUGUCUGGCGAACUUCUUCGAGAACUUCGGGCCGAACACGACGACGUUCAUCGUGCCCGGCGAGGCGUUCCCGACGCGCUACCGCUCGACCGCGCACGGCAUCUCCGCCGCGAGCGGCAAGCUCGGCGCGGUCAUCUCCCAGGUCGGCUUCGCGCAGAUGGCGAACAUCGGCGGGACGAACAAGUUCGUGAAGCACAUUAUCGAGAUCUUGGCGCUGUUCAUGCUGACGGGCGUGUUCUCGACGCUGCUCAUCACGGAGACGAAGCAGCAGACGCUCGAGGACAUCUCGAACGAGGACCAGGAGGGCUUCGUCACGGGCGUCGCCGCCGCAGACCCAUGA